AUGGCCUUACACCCUCCCCAGCACGCACCAUCUGCAAAGCCUCCGCCUCUGCGCGUCGAUUCUUCUAGUGUUCGGUCAAUGUCUAACGGCUCCGUCGACUACAGACCGACACCAAAGACUCCAGGGAGCAAGAUCACGUCCUUCUUCGGCUGGAAGACUAACGCUGGUUCUGCCUCUCCAGGUAACGAGUCCUGUGCCACUGAGAUCUCGGAUUCUGCUCUCUCUCCUAUGCCUUCUCCUAUGACGUCUGUGAAUCCUUCCACCGCUGCAUCUACCGUAUUUACAAACACCCAUCGUCCACAGGACUCCUUCUCUUCUGUGCCUAAAAUGGCCGGCAGAUCCCAGACCAUGCCCAUGGACGCCAGCGUGACUUCACGGCUAGCCGACAUGGAACACGAACUACGUGAGAUCAGCUCGGAGCUGGCUGGCUCCAUCCGUCGAGAGAUGGAACUCGAGGAUAUCGUCGAGAGAAUGCAACUAGAGAGCAGCGAAAGCGAUAGAAGAGGCAGUGAAUAUUAUUUUUCAGAUUCUGGCCAGGGUUCCUCCGUCAAGGAUCUAAGUAUUAACGGUAGUACCAAGACCGAGGACAUCGAGAAGCUGAAGAGGAACUAUGAGCAGGAACGUGCGCAAUUGAAGAUUGAUCUCUCGCAGAAAUGGCAGGAAGAGCGUUCGCGAAGACAGGUUGCAGAAUCGCAUGUUCAGCUUCUCGAGUCUCAAAUUAGUCAGUUUCGGCGAGAAAAGGUCGAGGCGUCAAAUGCGGCUGGGAAAUCGAAAGAACUUGAGGCUGCAUUGGAAGAUACCCGUCGACGGCUCACGGAGGAACGACAGCUGAAGGAUAAUAUGGAAGACCUUCUCACUGGUAUGAGGGUGGAACUCGAGCAACAGAAACUAGAGCGAGAUCAGCUCCAGGCCCAAAUGCAGCAAGAUAUGCAAAACCUCCGCAACGAAAACAGCCUUCUCUCGCAGUCUCGGAAGGCACCUCCCGAAAUGCCCCAAUCACCUCGUAUCGACUCGAUCGCCGAAGAAGCUAUCGGGAUUGGUAUCGGGCUAAGCAAUAAUCGGGCAUCUGGCGGACUAUCUAGAUCCAACUCCCUGGCCAGAAUGCCCCCGGUUCGAAAUGGUGUUGCUCGAUCCGGUUCGCUCUCUCGUCCAACCUCGAUGAUAGUGAAGGGGCCCGAAUUCCACGAGUCGUUAGUAAAUCAGAUGAAGGAUGUUGAGACUCAACGUGACGCCCUUCAUCAAACGGUUAAGAGCUUACUCGAGCGCCAGUCUUACCAAGCUCGACAACAUGAGAAACGCCUCAGGCUAAUGGAACUCGAGCUAUACCGGGCUCGACAGGCUAACUCUCCCCGAAAGAGGAGUUAUGAACGUGAUGUUAAAAACCUGCGUGAGGAAAUAAAUCUUCUACGUCGUCGGGCGGAUGACGCCCUUGAUCAAAAAUGGCAGUGUGAGAAGGGGCUUGCCGGGCUAAAGAUGGACCUUGAUCGUGCCGAACAAGAAACAAGCUCUCUCCGCGCUCUGCUGCAGGACUACGAUAUCCCUGUUCCUCAUAUGGACGGAACCGAUGCAAAUGGUAUGACUGAUUUCCACACCACCGCCAGUUCCUUGGAAGAAAUGUAUGCACAGCUCAAAAUUGAAAGGGAGAAUGCUGAGCCAGGCUCACCGAUACCAAAUGAAGAUCUCGAGAAUGAGAUCAAGAAACAAGUCGCCUCAAAUGCUUCCUUGCGAGCCCGACUUGCCGACGCCAUCAGCCAGGGUGAACGUGAACAGAAGCUUUCGGCUACCAAGAUAAACGAGAUGCAAUCGAGACUCAAGUCAUUGGAGGAGAUGCUCAUGCUCGCACAGCAACGCUCGGAAGAAGAAGUUGGAAAGCAUGAGCAGGAGGUUUCCGCUCUCAUGGAAAAUCACAAUGCCCUCCUUCUCAGAGCCAAGGACGGUGUCCGAAGUCCAAUGAUGCUUUCCCCCGUCUUGCCAAACUCACCCUUCCCAACGUCCAGGUCACCUCGUCUCACCAAGACGACCAGUGGUGAGGCCCAAGGCUUGAACCAGGUGGCCCAAAUUGAGAACCUCGAAAGCAAAGUUAGAGCCUUGGAGCAAGCUUUGAGAGAUGCAGAUGCUGAGAUGGGAGAGGUCGUCAGUCGGAUGAAUACGGCACAGAUGCAGGUUGCCGAACUGCAGUCAGACAGCACUUCGCCAGACAAGAAGGCUACAAGCUCAGAUACAGCAAUGCUAAUAAUACUUAAUAAAUACGCAAAACAUACUACCGCCUUCCGCCAUAAUACAACAACCAUCACCACCGCCCAUAAACGAGCCAUGAAGUCAACUACGAAACGAUAG